CCAAUUCUUCCUCACCCCCGCAGUAAGUAGAAUAGACUCUCAUAUCCAAGGAUCGGACUAAUGGCGGUCGUCAAAUCAGUACACUGAGAGCAAGUUCAAAACAUAGCCCUGUCUCACUACAGUCGCCGAGGAAUUUCAGGGAAAGGCAUCGUCAAAUCCAUACGGGAAUACUGAACUGAAAGGGGAAGGGGGGCGAAAUCAAGCAGCAAAUUGUGCUGGGACUUUCCUCUUCUUAAAAAUGGAUGAACACCCCGGCGGAGGAGGAGUUGGAAUGGCCGCCCCAAGACCUCAGCAACAACCGCAGGGGAAUAACAACGCUAAUCCCCAAAUCGGUGGUGGAGGUGGCUCAGGGAUGGGGCAGCAGCAUGACGAGAUGCCACGGCCACAGCAGUAUACCAUCCCCGGUAUUCUGCAUUAUAUCCAGCACGAAUGGGCCAGAUUCGAAAUGGAGAGAGCUCAUUGGGAAGUGGAAAGGGCCGAACUUCAGGCUCGAAUAGCAUUCCUACAAGGAGAAAGGAAGGGUCAAGAAAAUUUAAAAAAUGAUCUAGUUCGAAGAAUAAAGAUGUUAGAAUAUGCAUUAAAGCAAGAAAGAGCAAAAUACCAUAAAUUAAAAUAUGGAACAGAAUUAAAUCAAGGUGAAGUUAAGAUGCCCAGCUUUGAAUCAGAAGAUACCAAAGACACAGAGCUCCCUGCUGUACCUCAGAAUAGUCAGCUGACGUGGAAACAGGGCAGACAACUCCUCAGACAAUAUCUUCAGGAAGUAGGUUACACGGACACAAUACUAGAUGUGCGGUCUCAGAGAGUGCGUUCGUUACUGGGCCUGUCCGGCUCAGAGCAGAAUGGCUCAGUGGAAAACAGGAACCUGGAUCAGAUCCUCAAUGGAGGGGAGUCUCCAGCCAAACGAAAGGGACAAGAUAUGAAAAGGAAUCCAGGAGAUGUUCUGGAAACAUUUAACUUCUUAGAAAACGCAGAGGACAGUGAUGAAGAUGAUGAUGAGGAGGGAGACCUGAUGGAGGAUAUAGACAGUGGCAAACACACAAUAAAAAAGCAUAAGAUAAAGGUUGGGAAUGAGGGCCUGGCCUCUGACCUUCCAGAUGACCCUGACACAGAGGAGGCUCUGAAGGAGUUUGAUUUCCUGGUGAAUUCCGAGGAUGGAGAGGGAGCAGGGGAGGCCCGGAGUUCAGGGGACGGGACCGAAUGGGCCGAGCCCUUACCGUUUCCCUCAGGCGGGGGCAAGUCCUUUAUCAUGGGCUCUGAUGACGUGUUGGAGAGUGUCCUGGGACUGGGAGACCUAGCUGACCUCACUGUCUCCAAUGACGACGCCGACUACAGCUAUGAUCUGCCAGCCAAUAAGGACACGUUCAGGAAGACGUGGAAUCCCAAGUACACCCUGCGCAGCCACUUUGACGGGGUCAGGGCUCUGGCCUUCCAUCCUGUAGAGCCUGUCCUGGUCACCGUGUCUGAGGACAACACCCUCAAACUGUGGAACCUGCAGAAGACUGUGCCUGCCAAAAAAAGUGCCUCUUUUGAUGUGGAGCCUAUUUACACGUUCAGAGCUCAUGUGGGGCCUGUGCUGUCCCUGGCUAUGACUUCCAGUGGAGAGCAGUGUUACAGUGGAGGGAUUGACCACACAAUACAGUGCUGGAACAUCCCCAGCUCCAACGUGGACCCUUAUGACACCUACGACCCCAGCGUCCUGGCUGGAACCUGGCUGGGCCACACAGACGCUGUGUGGGGGCUGGCCUACAGCGGGAUCAAGAACCGCCUGCUGUCCUGCUCUGCAGAUGGAACCGUCAAGCUGUGGAACCCCCAGGAGAAGAACCCAUGCAUCAGCACUUACAAUGCAGAGAAAGAGCACGGCAUCCCCACUGCGGUGGACUUCAACGGCUGUGACCCCGCCCACAUGGUGGCGUCCUUCAACACGGGCAACGCUGUGAUCUAUGACCUGGAGACAUCACAGACCGCCGUGGUGUUCGCUGGUCAGGGGGAGAGCACUCUGCCUGCAGCCAACCACAUCAACAAGGUAGUGAGUCACCCCACCCUGCCGGUCACCAUCACGGCCCACGAGGACAGGAACAUCAAGUUCUUUGACAAUAAAUCGGGUAAAGUGAUCCAUGCGAUGGUGGCCCACCUGGAUGCUGUUACCAGCCUGGCUGUAGACCCCAACGGAAUCUACCUGAUGUCAGGAAGCCACGACUGCUCUAUCCGUCUGUGGAACCUGGACAGUAAGACCUGUGUGCAGGAGAUCACUGCCCACCGCAAGAAGUCUGACGAGUCCAUCUAUGACGUUGCCUUCCACCCGUCAAAGGCAUACAUAGCAAGUGCCGGGGCCGACGCCCUGGCCAAAGUGUUUGUGUAGUAGACCUGUGCUACACUGCCAGGUUGAGUGGGUAGACACCGAGAGAACGAAUGGACUGCUUCACUGCCUUGUUUAAUAAGAGUAGCAUUUUAUGACACUACAUUGAAGCUGCCUCCCUCCACCCCAUCCAUGUUGAACUCAACACUUGACAGAAACCAGGUGCCAAGGGGACUUAUGCCAGGCGUGGUGGUGGAGAAGCGCCCAAUCAGUUUUAUCCUGUUUUCUAACUAAAACAACAACAUUUACCUGUAAUUUACUGUAAGUUUAAAAAGCUGGAGUAAAACAAACUAGUGUAUUUAGCCUUUUUGACUGGGUUUCAGCUGAGCUAAUAUCUGUUCUGUCUGUAUAGUUCAGUGGCCGAGGGACAAUUGAGAUUUCACCUGAUUCAUACUACAGGGCUGACCCCUCACCAUACAGGGCUCUCACCAUACAGGGCUGACCCCUCACCAUACAGGGCUGGCUCUGGUAUUUUAUUUUCAUCGCGGUUCCAGUAACUUAUGGUGGAUUUGUAACCAGUUCAGCUCGGUUUCGUUUGGCUUGCUAGUGUGAAAAAGGUAUUUAACAGGACAUGGCCACAGCCCCUGGUGGGCCGACUGGGAGACCCUGCGGCGUCAGUUCAGUUCACACUAAACAUGAAUCAGGCGUGAAAUAUAGUCAGUCAACUUCACACUUUAGCAUUAGUUUCAUGACAUUUUUGUGUAAAAAAAUAUAGUUUUUAUAAUCCUUUUUAUAUAAAUAAAGUCUGUCGUAACAGCACUGAAAAUUGUAUAAAAAAAAGGGAAUAUUUAUUCCCGGUCUGAACCCUCCUUCACAACUCAUUAUGUCCCCCACAACCCUCAUCUUACGGUUCCCCGUCACUGAAAACACUCAGUGAUCUCGCCCUUCCUAACCCAAGGAUGUGAUUGUGACAUUGCUUUUACCUGGCUUUGUCACAUGAGUAAAGACUGUAGGACUAAAAGAAGCACAGUUCAUGGCUUCCUGAGAGCGCUCUCUUUUCAAAUAAACUGCAUCAUCCUAUCACUAUGUGAUAUUUUGUACCUUACUGUAUUUGAGUUUAUUUAUCACAGGUUAUUAGACAUCUUUAUGCUAUAAAUCAGUGCUUUGAAGCAAGCAUGGGGUGUAACCAUUUUAUUUUUCUUAAUUUUGUUUUAAGUGAUUGGAAUAGCAAACAUAAGAUUAAUCACGACUCAGUCUUUUGUUUGAUUGUACUUUUCUAUUUUAUCCUGCAAAACUAUUUUAUGUUCAAACAUGCUACAAUUUCUGGUGUAACUAAAUGCUUUUGUUUGUGUAAUGCAUGAUAAAUACAAUAGUCUUUUUUUCUAGUCUUCCAAAAAAAGGUUCUGGUCAGUUUGAGAGUUUUGAUGAGUUUUGUAAGGUUUUUGAUUUACAAACUAUGAAUCAGCAGAUUUUAAAGGUUGUACCACAUAGCAAAAUGAAACUGUUGAAAAAUAAUGUAUAUAAAAUGUCUAUAAUAAAUAUUAAAUGGUGUACCUGUA